AGUUCAGUACUUUUCAAGCGUCGCUUUCGCAAGUAGCAGAAAAAUGGAAACUCGAGUGAAAGUUUUCGGCUUUUUUGAUAUUCUUCUUGGCAUAACGAUGAUUAUGACAGAGUAUUCAGCCAUCGUGAUGUACUCUCUACCAAUGGACACGACUGGUUCGGGUUUGUGGGGAGGAAUGUUCGUUAUGGUAACGGGAGUUGUGAUCAUUAAAAGGCACAACAUUAUGGUCCUAGUUUUUUCCAUUUUAUCCGCCAUGAGUGGAAUUAUCAUGAUCUGCCUUUAUAUCUGGUCUUUUACUUUGUACGGAGACAUGAUUUCUUCCGGGUACACUUGUGGUGCGACGUUGUACAUGGGGCAUUCUAUUUGCAGCCGCAUAGCCCUGGAUUCGCUGUUCCUCAUUUACGGAGUAGCAGCGCUCUGUAUGAAUACAAUAUUAAUUCACGACGCUAAAUGGAUUGAACCCCACAAAAAACAAAAUGAAGCACCCGCAUUGACCAACAUUCCAGUAGUGGUCACCAUAACACCCGCCGCGACCAAUGGACACAAUUUAUCAUAAGUUGGAAGUUU